AUGUUGUUGAAUAAUUUGUGUGAGAGUUUCAAUUCAGCAAUCUUAGAUGGUAGAGACAAGCCAAUUAUCACAUUGUUAGAGUAUGUUCGAUAUUGGUUGAUGGAUAGAAUGCAAAAACAAAGAGAAAGUGUGAGUAAGUGGAACAAUCCAGUGGGGAAAAGGAUCUUUGACAUCCUAGAGAAGAACAAGAAAUUGGCACUGAAAUGCCAAUACACCAAGUCUGUUGGUGGAUUAUUCCAGGUCACAGCCCCUUCUGGUGAGGUGGUAGCAACUAAUUUGGAGAAAAAGACAUGCUCUUGCAGAUCAUUUGACCUCACAGGUAUCCCAUGUGGUCAUGCAAUAGCAUGCAUAUGGUAUUCAAGGCUUCAGGUUUAUGAUUUUGUUGCUGCAUGUUACAAGAAGGAAGCCUUCAUAGGCACUUAUGUAGGGGCAAUUGCACCUAUGCCUAGUCCUGAACACUGGCUUGAUAAAGGCAAAAAUCCAAUCCUUCCACCACCAGAAACUGUUUUACCUGGUAGGCCCAAGAAAUCUAGAAAAAGAGAAGUGGAUGAACCUCCACCUUGUGCAACUAAAAUGAGGAGAUUUGGGCAGUCCAACAACUGCUCUAAUUGCAAACAGCACAUACAAAGAAAACUUGCCCCAAACCAGUACAAGUUCAGGGUUGUUGUACCCAAUUUAGGUGCUGCUGUAAUAACUUUAAUUCAUAGAAGGCCUAUUAAUGCUGAUAUGCAAUGGCCUAUUACUGCUGAUAUGAUGCAGACAUUUUCCUGA